ACCCAACACCUCACCGUACCCAAGCCAAGCCAUGGCGGUUUCGUGGCGCGCUCUGGUGCUGGUGCCGGCGCUGGCGUCGGCCAAGAAGAAGGCGCAGGAAGGCGAUGACUCGGCGAUGCUCUUCUUCCUGCUGGCCAUGUUGAGCUGCGUGCUGGUGCCCUGGACCUUUGUGGUGCUGUGGUACCUGCUCUUCCCCGGGCGAGCCGAGGUGGCGCAGGCCUUCCCCGAGCUCAGCUCCGAGGGCCGCACGCGGCAAGUCCGCACCCAGGCCAUGGAGGUGCGGCGGAGCGAGGCGCUGCGGGGACUGCGAAGCCGGAAGAUCUCCACGGGCUUCGCCAUGAGAUUGGUGCUGUUGGUGCUGCUUUGGUGCUGGCUCAUCUACAUCACCCUCCAGGUCCGGCAAGUUCUGGCCACCAGCGCGCUGUAUCAGAACUUCGACCCCUACGCGAUUCUGGAUGUGAGCAGCAGCUCAUCGAGCUCUCAAAUCAAGAAGGCGUUCCACAAGCUCUCGCUGAAGUACCAUCCGGACAAGAAUCCCGAAGCUUCCGCGGCCGAGAAGUUCAUGUUAGCCAAGAAGGCCUACGAUGCCUUGACGGACCCCGUGGCGAAGCGCAACUUCCGCCUUUACGGCAAUCCGGAUGGCCCCACCCGGGUGGAGCUCAGCGUGGCCAUGCCCUCGGUGAGCAAGGAGAAGCAGGGGCUAGUGCUGGUGCUCUUCCUUCUACUCUUUGUCAUCGGUGUGCCUGUGCUGAUGCUCUGCUGCAUGCAGUCCUCAGGGGAGCAGAACGGCCUGCCGAGCGCGAGCAAUGAGGUGCUGGAUGCCGGCUUCGACGCGUCGAUGGACGCCAAAGAGGUCCAGGACUUGGUGCUCCGCGCCUUUGCGGCGGCUGAGCCGCCGAAGCUGGCGGCCGUGCAGCUGGCAGACCUUCGCCGGCAGCUGCAGUCAGCUGGCGCGACCUUUCGCAAGCGGAAGGAGGAGGAUGCCCAGGAGUUGGCCCUGCAACAGGCAGAGGCGCUGUUUUGGGCCCAUCUGCUGCGGCGCCGGGAGUCGCUGAGCUCCGUCCAGCUGGACGCCGCGCUGCUGCGGUGGCAGGCAGCCUGCAAAGCCAUACUCCAGCGCGCUGCCAAGCAAGGCAUGGCCAGCACGCUGGGCGGUUGCCUGGAGGUGUACCGGGCCCUGGUGCAGGCUUUGGAGCCUAAAGGCUCGCCCCUCAUGCAGAUUCCCCACUUCACUGCGGAGCAGGUGAAGCUCUGGCAGAAGCGCAACAAGAAGUACGUCUCUUUGCCUGCAUUCCUUGGGAUGUCCUCUGAGGAGCGCAGCAAGGCGUUGGCCGCGGAGGAGCUGGCGCUAUCGCCGGAGCAGCGGGCGGAUAUCGAUGAGUUCGUGGCGUGUGCCCCGCAGAUGCAGAUCCAGGAGGCCAAGGUCUUCGUGGAGGGUGAGGAGGAGAUCUGCAUGGGUGAUGUGGCUACCCUCGAGCUGAGGCUACUUCGAGCAAACCUCCGGGAGGGCGAGGCCAUUGGCUCCGCGCACACGCCCCACUUCCCGGGCGCUCAGGUGGCGGAGGCGUGGUGGGUGACCUUCCGCCUGCCUGGCAAGGGCAAGUCCGGGGUGAGCGUGUGCUCGCGGAUCGCCUGUGCCUCUCGGGAGGUGACAGCCCAGAUCCGUUUCCGGGUGCCCUUGGCGGGGAAGUGCCAGCUGAGGUUGACGCUCUCCUGUGAAGCAUAUGCAGGCUUGGAGCUUGAGCGCGAGGUGAGCUACGUGGCCAAGCAGGCGGUAGUGAAGGACAACGGCAGCGAUGAUGGCAGCUUCAGCGGGAGCGAGGACUAUGAUUGAGAGUUCUCGCACAAAGACGCAUUGUGCCUGG